CUUCCAAUACGAAUUCAAAUAUGUGUCAAGUACCUCAACUGAUAUCCCUAUCCAAAUCUAGUAAUAGUUUGGUAUCGAGUCCUUGCCUCUGGCGGAAGCUAGCAAGGCCGUUUGGUGUUGGGUUGCAGUCUUCUGAGUUCGCCAAAUCGCUUGGUGCUGAUAUUUCUUUCGGCAGUUCUAAUGGAAAUGGUCUUUCUCUACCAGACAACAGAAUGCUGCUGACAGACCCUUCAGUCUUGCCACCCCCUAAAGUGCGCUGUCUAACUCGUGACUGUGGGUCUAGGGAUUCAAAAGUUCCUGGUCCUCAACUGCAUACCACAAAUGGAGUAAGCCCAACACAGAUCUUUCAACUCCCGACAUAA